CAAUUUUUUUUUAACCACUUUCACGUAACGCCCAUCCAAGACAAGCGCAGGCUGCAGCUAAAAAAGCUCCAAUGGUGGCAUCUUCAACUGCACACCUUAGAAAAAAUGCCAGCAUCCUGCAUCUAUGACACACACACGCUUUUGAAUCACCAUCCCAUUCACGCCAAGAACCCACCGACUCUUCUCUUUCAGUAUCAGAAUCCCUCACUAUUAAUUCCCUCCAAUUCCAACAAUUAUUUUGCAAGUUCCCGGGUUUUUUUCACCAUCCGAUCUAUCUUUUCCAUGUUUCUCUUAUUGCCCUAUAAAUCUAAAUCUAAGUUUUGUUUCUUUAAGUUAUGUUGCCUGGCAAUUUUUUUAAUUCAAGAUCCAAUAUAGUGGCACUGUGUAUGCAUUGAGUCUUGUUUCUUUAUAUUGUUGAGUCUAUAAAAAUAUCGAUCAAAUGGAGGUUUCUUGCGGAGCUUCUCCUAGAAUGAGUUUGGAUCAGCUGCAAAAGGAGGGAUCUGAAGAAACCCAUCUCCAAAAUUCUGAGCUUUAUUCAUUUGAUUAUAAUGAUAGCCAUAAUCUUCAGUUCUAUUCAACGAGUGCAUUGGAUAUCUUGAGAGAAACAGCGAGGAUUCUCCGAUGUAAUUCAUGGUCGUUUAUGACAAUUGCUGCUUUGCUUAUUUGUCCAGUAUCUGCCAUUCUUUUGUCGAAUGUAUUGGUUGAUCAGUCUAUUGUUAAGAGAUUGAGUACUAGGCUUUUGUUAGUUGCGAAUUCUAGUGGACUUCCAUUGAGGCCUCUUAUCAAUCAGCUGUGUCAUCGUUUUGCCGAGAUGGCUGUUUCGUCCGCAACGUGUUUCCCGUUGUUUAUUACCUUGUCUUUGUUAUCAAGAGCUGCGGUGGUUUAUUCUGUAGAUUGCACAUAUUCGAGGAAAGAUGUUGAUGGUUCAAAGUUUUUGGCAAUGAUAAGUAAAAUUUGGAGGAGGAUUGUUUCGACGUAUUUGUGGUCGUGUAUGGUGAUCGUCGGCUGUCUCACGUUAUUCUUUGUUCUUCUUUUAGCUGUUUGUAGCACAUUUUUGGUGCUUGGGUUUUGGCCGGAGUUAAAUCUGUAUGCUGCGAUGAUAGUGGGGCUAGUUUUCUCGGUUAUUUUUGCCAAUGCGAUUAUUGUUUGCAAUAUUGCUGUUGUGAUCUCUGUGUUGGUGGAUGUUUCAGGGCCGCAGGCACUGCUCCGGUCCAGUAUUUUAAUUAGGGGACAGACUCAGGUGGGUCUUUUAAUAUUUCUUGGAUCAACAAUUGGGAUGGCAUUUAUAGAAGGUUUGUUCGAGCAUAGAGUUAAGACAUUGAGUUAUGGAGAUGGGUCUUCCAGGAUUUGGGAAGGUCCUCUCUUGGUUAUUAUGUAUUCAUUUGUGGUGCUUAUUGAUUUGAUGAUGAGUGCAGUUUUCUACUAUAGUUGUAGAUCUCAUGGCAUGGACGCCUCGGAUGGCGAAUGCCUGUCAAUUUUAGGAACAGUUACUGUUUCUGCCGAAUCUGUGGGCAUUCCAUGACGUGAUCUUGUAAAUCGAUUGACAUUGUAGAGUUUUCUCCAGUUAGUGAAGGCAGGACUUGUAUGGGAACUCUCUACUGAUAAGGAAGUCGCAUAUUGGAACUUCACUUGCCAUUAGCAUGCAAAGAUUAUGGCUGUUGCUAAACUCAGAUGAAUCUCUAGUUUUCUAUAGAAAUAUUGUUACUGGAAUGCGGAACAUCACAUUCUUGGUAUUCUGCAGGAGACAAAAUAAAAUUCAAAACAGGUAUUUCAGUGCUUGUUGACCCUUCAGGCUGAGUUCAGAUGCCAAUACUUCCAUUACUGGAUUUUCCUUCUCUGAAAACUAGCGAUAUAAGUGAGACAAGAUGAUUUCUCGCAUCUAGACAGUCUAUGUACAGAAAGCAAGGAUAAUACAGUACAAUACAAUUCUGCUGGUAGCAAAUUUUGAUGUUAAGUGUUGCAAGUCAUACCCACAAGAUUGAUUUGUUCUUGUUAACAAAGGUUGAUGCUUCUCGUUGCCUCAUAGUUUGCCGGAGUUCUUGAGGGUUCACAUUAAUGCCAGAAGGUCCUGGAUCAAUAUUGGUAGCUAUUUGUUUCCUUUUAUCCUCAGAUAAUGCCUGCUGCUAGAAGGUCCUGGAAAAUGAACGUCAUGUUUUCAUGGUGGGAGGAGUAAUGCGCAAAGCAAGGCCGAAGGAGCUUAGCAUUAAAAUCAGUGUGAUAGAGGAGCAGAAACUAUGGUGAAAUUUGAUUAAAAAAGAAUGUUGGUAUUGUGAAACAUUGGAAUCUCUUUUCUAGGUGCCGCUUGAAUUUUAAGGUUCAGUUCUAAACUCUAA